AAACAUUAGGGUUGACGCUUUCUCGACAAACUCGCUAUCGGUUCGGUUUGACAUCAGAAGUGCUCUAGAUGUAAAAGUUAAAUGGCAAAUAACAAAAUAUUUUAAAUAGCAUUAUUAAGUUACGCAUAUUUACAAACAUAAGAUCAUUUUGUACUGCGUUUAGCGUUCUCUUUCUUUCGGUCUCUGUCUUCCUCCCCUCCCUGUUAUCACUCAGGUUACUGACCUCCUGUGCUUGUCUUUCAGAAUUCAGUGCUCUCUUAUAGAGAAGUGUCUUACCAUAAAACCUCGGCAUGUUUGGGGUCUUCAGGACCUUUCUUUGUCUACUUAUUGCUCACUGUGUCACUCCUGAGGUUUUCCUCCACAACAAGGAUGCCAACCAGGUCCUCACACGCCACAGGCGAGCAAACACCAUAUUUGAGGAACUAAAAAAGGGUGACAUGGAGCGCGAGUGCAGAGAAGAGCGGUGCAGUUACGAGGAAGCCCGAGAGAUCUUUGAGGAUGACCAAAAGACGAGCGAGUUCUGGAAUGUCUACCAUGGUAAGGAACUGAGAUUCAGACUUGGAAUCGGUAUCCUGUAUGAAGAUUUAAUAGUUGUGGGGGGAAAAACAACAACAACAACAACAACAACAAAAACACUAAUUCUAUUUCUUACAAAUCGGUUCACAGAUGGAGACGCGUGCAUAUCUCAGCCUUGUCUGAACAAGGGUGUGUGUAAAGAUGGUCUAGGGCGAUACUCUUGUUACUGCCCUGAUCAGUUUCAGGGAUAUAACUGUGAGAUCGCAAUACAACAGCUGUGUAUAGUUAAUAACGGUGGUUGUGAGCACUUCUGCACAGUGGAAAAGAAGACAGGGACGGUAUUCUGCUCUUGUGCCGACGGUUACAAACUGGCAGACGAUAGGAAAGCAUGUACAUCUGACAAGCCCUUCAAAUGUGGCUAUGUGUUUCCUAAGGCAACCCGAAGCCUUUUAACGUUUGAGCCGAUACAAAAUGUCACUAAUUAUGCCAAUGACACACACCUUACCAGUGUGAAGAAAGGAAAUCCAGUGAUUACCUCUGCAAACAUGACCAUCACAAUUGACACUCAGAGCCAAGCAAAAUCCAACAGUCUGUUUGGACUGAUGGACCCCAGUCCCACUGACAAGCAGAUACCAGAGCUUCCAGAGUCUGAUGGAGAAAAAAGGAUAGUAAACGGCGAAGACUGUCCUCCUGGAGAAUGUCCGUGGCAGGCUCUGCUCAUAAACGAGGACAAGAUUGGCUUCUGCGGAGGGACCAUUCUGAAUGAAUACUUCAUUCUGUCUGCAGCGCACUGCAUGAAGCUGUCUCGCUCCAUCACAGUUAUUCUAGGUGAAACUUACACCAGGUCCUGGGAAGGGCGAGAAGCAGUGCAUGAAGUUGAACAGGUGCUGGUGCAUGCAAACUAUAAGCCCGAUACCUUCCACAAUGACAUUGCCCUCAUCAAGCUCGUCAAGCCGAUUCAAUUCUCCAAGUACAUCAUCCCUGCAUGCAUCCCUGACCACGACUUCGCAGAGAAUGUGCUCAUGCAACAAGAUGAGGGCUUGGUGAGCGGAUUUGGUCGUCUCCAAGAGGGUGGCAUACAGUCCACCACCCUGCAGAGGCUCUCUGUGCCCUACGUAGAUCGCUCCGUCUGCAAGGAGUCCACCAAGUACAACAUCAGCCCCCGCAUGUUCUGUGCCGGAUACGGCAGGGAGGAAAAGGAUGCGUGUCAGGGUGACAGCGGUGGCCCGCACGUCACCAAAUACAAAAACACAUGGUUUGUGACAGGUGUGGUGAGCUGGGGUGAGGGAUGUGCUCGCAAAGACAAGUAUGGCAUAUACACACAGGUGUCCAAGUACCUCAAGUGGAUUGAGGGAGUCAUGAAGCAGAUCUCAUCCGAGAGUGUAUUCAGAAAAAAGAGGUGGGCACCCGAGCACAUGCCUGUGAUUCAGGUGUAAAUGAACAUCAGGUGCAAAAUGCAACAAAAAUCAACUGGAACUAAACCACAUUUAAAUAAAGGUUCCAUAUAUUGGUCAACUCA